AUGGGGCGCCCGGGCAAUAGGGGAUCAUGGGGCCCCUGUGUCCUUGCCCAACCUCAAAAAAGCCUAUGAAAAAGGUACCAGGGGCAUUUCAUGGGGCCCCCUACUGACCCCGGGCCCUCGGGCAGUGCCCGAGUGCUCGAAUGGUCAGUCCACCACUGUCUGAACCUGAGCAAGCACUAAUACAGCAGGUAUAUGAUAUGCACAGGGCAGUUUUGUUACUCUGUUUUAAUGUACCGGUAUGUAGUGUUUUUCCAUUGUUUCUAUACAGUGCAGAAUGGUUGCUAACAUAGUUGAACAGGUUGUAAAG